CAGUGCCUUGUGGGACUUGUAGUUCCACAACAGCUGGAAAUUGCCUACCCUGAUCUACUCUGUUGCCAAACUACAAGUCCCAUAAGGCAUUGCAAGAUUGACAGCUAUAAGCAUGACUCCGAAAGGCAGAGGCAUGAUGGGACUUGUAGUUUCACAACAGCUGGAGGGCCGCCAGUUUGACAUCCCUGAUCUAGAGCAUUGCACUUGCGAUCAGUGCUUCAUGGGUGCAGUGCACAGGGUCUAAUGUAUGCCCCCAACCUCAAGUCCAUAUGGGGUUCAAAGCUUAUUUGAGAAAAUGCAGCAGAACUACUGAGUAGAGAGUGGAGGAAGGGGUCC